AUGCUAAGCCUCAAGCUACCCCGGCUGCUCAGCAUCAACCAAGUGCCUAAGGGGUACCAGGAGCAGGGGAUCCUCUUUGGGUAUCGCCCCCCCAGAAGCUCGGCAGCAGAUUGCCUCCUCAGCGUCUUCCAAAUGACAAAUGAACACUUUGUGCCUGCCUGGUACUUUGUGUGGACCCUGAUGGGGCGGCUGCAGGGGCCGGGGGGCCGGGAAGACCCCCACGCCUGGCCCCUCCUCGCCUACCUGCUGACUUGCUGCAUCUACCCCCUCGCCUCCAGCUGCGCCCACACCUUCAGCACCAUGUCCACCCGCGCCCGGCACAUCUGCUACUUCUUCGAUUAUGCGGCUCUCAGCAUGUACAGCUUGGGCUCUGCGCUGGCAUACUCGGCGUACAUUUUCCCAGCAGAAUGGGUCGACAGCACUUUCCACCACUGCUACGUCCCCAUUGCGGCGUUCAACACCGUCGUCAGCACCAGUCUGUCCUGUUAUUCCAGGUAA